AUGAAGACAGGGAGUAGAGAUGACCAGAGUCCUUGGAGCUUGUUUGAGAAGAGUGAGAAAUGCAAAGAGAGUUGUUGCCUGAUGAUGAAGAAUGAGGUUCUUCUGCUUUCCAUGGGAACAGAAAUGCAAAGAGAGUUGUUGUCUAAUGAUGAAGAAGGAGGUUCUUCUGGUUCAGGUUGUGAAUCAAGCCAACCAGACAGGCAAGCUGCAUGCGAAUGUCUCAAGAAAGCUGCAACAGAUCACCCCAAUAUUAAGCCUGAUGCUGCCUCUGAUCUCCCUAAAAAGUGUGGUGCUCCAAUCAGUGUUCCCAUAUCUCCUACCGUUAACUGUGGCAAGUAA